AUGGCGUCGCCCCCGCUGGAGGCGGCGGCGGUGGCGGCGGCCGGGAGCGGCGGCGAGGCGAGCUCGGGAUCCGAGGAGACGGGGACGGUGCCGCCGGGCCGCGACCUGGCCGCGCUCUUCGAGCAGGCGGCCGAGCGGCUGCCGGCGCUGCUGCCCACGGCCAGCAAGGAGCAGCUGCUCUACCUGUACGCCCGCUACAAGCAGGUGAAAUUUGGAACCUGUAACACUCCCAAGCCAAGCUUCUUUGAUUUUGAGGGAAAGCAGAAAUGGGAGGCUUGGAAAGCCCUGGGAGAUACCAGCCCUCAUCAAGCUAUGCAGGAGUAUGUUGCUACAGUGAAAAAACUGGACCCCAGUUGGAAUCCACAGACGACAGAGAAGAGGGGAAAGGAAGGCAAAACUGCAUUUGGAGGCCCGGUUGUCAGCUCAUUAUAUCAAGAAGAAACAAUCAGGGAAGAGGACAAGAACAUUUUUGAUUACUGCAGAGAAAACAACAUUGACUAUGUAACCAAAGCCAUUCGAUCAAAAAAAGUGGAUGUGAAUGUCACAGAUGAGGAGGGCCGGGCUCUGCUCCACUGGGCGUGCGACAGAGGACACAAGGAGCUGGUUUCAGUACUGUUACAGAAUGCUGCUGACGUUAACAGCCAGGAUGGGGAAGGCCAGACUGCACUCCAUUACGCUGCCGCCUGCGAGUUUUUGGACAUUGUGGAGCUGCUGCUGAAGUCGGGAGCCGACCCCGCGCUCCGGGACCAGGAGGGUUGCUUGCCGGAGGAGGUGACAGACUGUAAAGCCAUCACUUUGGCUCUGCAGCAGCACGCCGCUGGCAAGACCUAACCCCGCGGCGACGCGCGGCAGGGGAGGACAGAGACGCUCCGCAAUAACGCCCCUUCUCUUCCCCCACUGCCCUCCGAAACGCCUUGGGGGUUCAAAGGGGAGCUUUUAGAGCACAGGGUCUGGGUGGGCUCGCCAGCACGAGGGCUGGCUGGCCGAGCAGGUAUCCUGGGCAGGAUGGGAUCAGGGUUUUGCAUGCUCUGACGUAUAUCAGUAUU